ACAAAUAUCUUCCAGAACUAUGCAAUGGAGGUUCUCAUCUCAAGCUGUUCUCGGUGUAGAACUUGUGAUUGUCUUGUCCAUGAUGAGGAGAUCAUGGCUGGAUGGACAGCAGACGACUCCAAUCUCAAUACCACCUGCCCAUUCUGCGGCAACCUUUUCUUACCCUUUCUGAAUGUGGAGAUAAGAGAUUUGAGACGACCUGGAAGGUACUUUUUGAAGUCAACUCCAUCCACAGAAACUAUGCACUUUUCGUCCUCUUUUUCAAGUCAGACAAGGCAGUCUUGCAUUUCAACAUCAGCCUCUGGUCUUGACACAUCUGCUAUCCCUAUUCAAGGGAAUUUUAAUCUAAGUAGCAAAUGUAAACUGCAGGAAAAUUCCUGUGCCCGAAGUAUUCAGAUCCCUGCCAACAGAUCAAAGACAGCCAUGUCAAAAUGUCCCCUAUUCCCAGUGGCCAGGAGCAUUGGUACUUAUGGGCCCUUGGAUAAGGAAGACACUGGAGGACAGAGAAUCCUUCCUACAGGCAGCCUACCAGCUACUUUACAUGGAGCAACAGACUCUUUAGGAUUAGAAUGGCACUUUCCAAGUCCAGAUCCAGUCACUGUCCCAUAUCUUAGUCCAUUAGUGGUAUGGAAGGAGCUUGAAAGCUUGUUGGAAAAUGAAGGUGAUCAUGCAAUAACAGUGGCCGACUUUGUGGACCAUCAUCCAAUUGUUUUCUGGAACUUAGUGUGGUAUUUUAGGCGUCUUGACUUGCCAAGUAACUUACCUGGAUUGAUUCUUUCUUCUGAGCAUUGUAACAAGUAUUCAAAGAUUCCUCGCCACUGUAUGUCUGAAGAUAGUAAAUACGUUUUAAUACAAAUGUUAUGGGAUAAUAUGAAAUUACAUCAGGACCCAGGGCAGCCCUUAUACAUCCUCUGGAAUGCCCACAGUCAAAAUCGUACUCUUUUGUUUGAGACCCAAAAGUAUCCAAUGGUCCAUUUACUGCAAAAAAGUGAUACCUCAUUUAACCAGGAACUAUUGAAAAGUAUGGUAAAAAGUAUUAAGAUGAAUGAUGUCUAUGGACCCAUGAGUCAGAUUCUAGAGACACUGAAUAAGUGUCCACAUUUUAAAAGACAGAGGAGUUUAUACAGAGAAAUACUGUUUCUCUCACUUGUGGCACUGGGAAGAGAAAAUAUUGAUAUAGAUGCUGAAAAUUCAGCUAGUUCUAAAUGCCGAUGGACCCAAUGUCCCCUUCAAGAUGCAUUGACCAAAGAGUACAAGAUGGCAUAUGAUCGUCUCAAACCUAGUCAAGUCAAGAGUACACCACAACUGCGAUAG